UCUUGCCUCAGCCUCCCAAGUAGCUGGGACUGCAGGCACCCGCCACCAGGCCUGGCUAAUUUUUGUAUUUUUAGUAGAGACGGGGUUUCACUGUGUUAGCCAGGAUGGCCUCCAUCUCCUGACCUUGUGAUCUGUCACCUCAGCCUCCCAAAGUGCUGGGAUUACAGCCGUGAGCCACCACACCCGGCCAAAAACGGAUUUUUAAGACUCAAUAAUAAAAGUAGCUCCUAGAAGAGAAAUCCUAAGGAUCUCAAUAAAUCCUGAAUAUAAGUUUGGAGUCACCAAAUACAAAUCUCAGACUAAGCCUCUUAUCCUCCUGAGUGUUGCUCCUAAGGGGGCUCUUGCUCUUUCUGGGCAUGGACUAAUUACGGGGCAUUUUCUCCUGCACUCAUAGAGCCACUUACAAAGAAGACAGGAGGAGGAAGGGCGACUUAGAUGCCCAUGUGCUCCCAUUUCACAUUGUGUUCAUAAUGCAGUGUCAACAAACAGUCAUUCCUGGUUGAAACAUGUGUUCUUUAUGAAUUCCUGCAACCUGGAAGUCAAAGGUAUGCAGCUCAACCGCAUGGCCCUCUGUGUAUCCAACUGCCCUGAAGAGCAGCUUGACUCCCUGGAAGAGGUCCAGCUCUUUGCAAACACCAGUGGGUCUUUCCUGUGUGUUUAUAGUUUGAAUUCCUUCAACUACACCCACAGUCCAAAAGCAGACUCACUCUGUCCCAGGCUACCAGUUCCUCCAAGCAAGUCAUUUCCCUUAUUUAACCGAUGUGUCCCUCAAACACCUGAGUGCUACUCCCUAUUUGCAUCUGUUUUGAUAAAUGAUGUUGACACCCUCCACCGAAUUCUAAGUGGAAUCAUGUCGGGAAGAGAUACAAUCCUUGGCCUGUGUAUCCUCGCAUUAGCCUUGUCUUUGGCCAUGAUGUUUACCUUCAGAUUCAUCACCACCCUUCUGGUUCACAUUUUCAUUUCAUUGGUUAUUUUGGGAUUGUUGUUUGUCUGCGGUGUUUUAUGGUGGCUGUAUUAUGACUAUACCAACGACCUCAGCAUAGAAUUGGACACAGAAAGGGAAAAUAUGAAGUGCGUGCUGGGGUUUGCUAUCGUAUCCACAGGCAUCACGGCAGUGCUGCUCGUCUUGAUUUUUGUUCUCAGAAAGAGAAUAAAAUUGACAGUUGAGCUUUUCCAAAUCACAAAUAAAGCCAUCAGCAGUGCUCCCUUCCUGCUGUUCCAGCCACUGUGGACAUUUGCCAUCCUCAUUUUCUUCUGGGUCCUCUGGGUGGCUGUGCUGCUGAGCCUGGGAACUGCAGGAGCUGCCCAGGUUAUGGAAGGCGGCCAAGUGGAAUAUAAGCCCCUUUCGGGCAUUCGGUACAUGUGGUCGUACCAUUUAAUUGGCCUCAUCUGGACUAGUGAAUUCAUCCUUGCGUGCCAGCAAAUGACUAUAGCUGGGGCAGUGGUUACUUGUUAUUUCAACAGAAGUAAAAAUGAUCCUCCUGAUCAUCCCAUCCUUUCGUCUCUCUCCAUUCUCUUCUUCUACCAUCAAGGAACCGUUGUGAAAGGGUCAUUUUUAAUCUCUGUGGUGAGGAUUCCGAGAAUCAUUGUCAUGUACAUGCAAAACGCACUGAAAGAACAGCAGCAUGGUGCAUUGUCCAGGUACCUGUUCCGAUGCUGCUACUGCUGUUUCUGGUGUCUUGACAAAUACCUGCUCCAUCUCAACCAGAAUGCAUAUACUACAACUGCUAUUAAUGGGACAGAUUUCUGUACAUCAGCAAAAGAUGCAUUCAAAAUCUUGUCCAAGAACUCAAGUCACUUUACAUCUAUUAACUGCUUUGGAGACUUCAUAAUUUUUCUAGGAAAGGUGUUAGUGGUGUGUUUCACUGUUUUUGGAGGACUCAUGGCUUUUAACUACAAUCGGGCAUUCCAGGUGUGGGCAGUCCCUCUGUUAUUGGUAGCUUUUUUUGCCUACUUAGUAGCCCAUAGUUUUUUAUCUGUGUUUGAAACUGUGCUGGAUGCACUUUUCCUGUGUUUUGCUGUUGAUCUGGAAACAAAUGAUGGAUCGUCAGAAAAGCCCUACUUUAUGGAUCAAGAAUUUCUGAGUUUCGUAAAAAGGAGCAACAAAUUAAACAAUGCAAGGGCACAGCAGGACAAGCACUCAUUAAGGAAUGAGGAGGGAACAGAACUCCAGGCCAUUGUGAGAUAGAUACCCAUUUAGGUAUCUGUACCUGGAAAACAUUUCCUUCUAAGAGCCAUUUACAGAAUAGAAGACGAGACCACUAGAGAAAAGUUAGUGAAUUUUUUUUAAAAAGACCUAAUAAACCCUAUUCUUCCUCA